GUGUUUUUUGCCCUUUUUUUAAUGAAUUAAGGGCCUAUUAGGCCUAAUUUGUUUGUUUUCAUAUAUUUCUAAGUUUUCUGUACACAAUUUUAUCGUUAUUUUGUGUUUAACUUGCAUUUCCUUGCAAAAAACGGCAUAAUUCUGACAAAAGUUUUCUCAACCAAGGCCUCUCUGAUUUGUUGUUUUUACCAAAUUAAACAAAAGUAAUAAAACAAUUGCAAUGGAUAAUUUAGAAGCCAACAUCAUGGACAAGUCCAUGCGAUCCGUAUUCGUGGGUAACAUUCCCUAUGAGGCCACCGAAGAAAAACUCAAAGAUAUAUUCGGUGAGGUCGGCCAGGUUCUCUCCUUCAAGUUGGUCUUUGACCGGGAGACCGGCAAACCUAAAGGUUAUGGUUUCUGCGAGUACCGCGAUCAGGAAACCGCCCUCAGUGCCAUGAGGAAUCUGAAUGGUUACGAGAUCGGUGGCCGUAACCUUAGGGUCGAUAAUGCUUGUACAGAAAAGUCUCGAAUGGAAAUGCAGAAUUUGCUGAAUCAACCUUUGCCUGAAAAUCCUUAUGGGGAGCCAGUGCAGGCUGAGAAAGCACCGGAGGCCAUUAGUAAGGCUGUGGCUUCGUUACCUCCCGAGCAAAUGUUCGAACUUAUGAAGCAGAUGAAAACUACUAUUCAGAACAAUCCGACUGAGGCCAGACAGAUGCUGCUUCAGAACCCCCAACUGGCCUACGCCCUCCUACAGGCCCAAGUGGUCAUGAAAAUCAUCGAUCCACACACCGCUGCGUCACUUCUGCACCCCCGUGAACCAGUGCCGGCCACCCUGAUGCCCGGCGACAAAAACGUGCCGGUCCAGGUGCCGAUUAGCCGGGACUUCCAGGCUCCGCCGCCGGCACCGGUUGCGCCUCCCCGCCAAGAAUUUCAACCGGUGCCUGCGCCCAUUAUGCCCCCCGUUACCAAUCAUAAACGCCCCGUUUUCACAGGUCAGGAUAUCGAUCUGAGGGCCUUAGAUCCGCGAGGCGGGCCGGAGCCUCGCAUGGGCUCUCGUAUGGGCGACCAGGACAUGAGGCAACUGCCUCCCGCCCCCUUGGCCAACCCUUUGCCGCCCGUUAACGAACCUCUAAUGGUGACCCCAGAGGUCCUCCCCAGUUUCCCCAGAGAUCCCAGGGAGUCUAGGAACCCCUCAGGGGCGAGUUUCGCUCCCAUUGACCCUAGACAGGCCGCCAGGGCCGACCCCAGACAAAAAGCUCAACGUCCGAUUACGCCGCCCCAAACUAUAAGGGCGCCGCCCCAGAGCGCCGCCUCUGUCGCGGCCGCCCAAACCGCCUCCGCGGUUACUAACGGGGCGAUGCCUCCCGGGGCUUCGGAUCAAGAGAAGGCCGCCCUUAUUAUGCAAGUGUUGCAAUUGUCCGACGAGCAAAUUGCCAUGCUACCACCGGAACAAAGGAAUAGUAUUUUGGUAUUAAAGGAGCAAAUUGCCAAGAGUGCCCAGGGCAGAUAGAUUUUCGACGUUUUCUUUUUUUUUUAUAUUAUGAGUUGCUUAUUAAUAUUUUCAUUGUAUAUUCGAUGAGUUUUUUUUCUUUUCCGCUUGUUAUCUUCUUUUUUUUUUCUUUUGAUGGGAUACUUUUGCAAUUUUGCCUCGGAAAGGACCUUCAGAAUGAUCUGGGUAUAGUUGAAAUCAAAAUCGGGAUGUUUGGAAUGUUCUAUACAUAUUUCAUACAGGAAUAUUCAUACAGGAUGUUCCUAUAAUGUCCCAUUUUGAUAUUUUGAGGAAUCUAUACUUCUUUUGUUUUCGAAGGCCUAAAUUGAAUGGUUUUCUUCGAUUUCAGAGUUUUUAAUAUUAAUUAUGUUAGUAUAGUUUUGCAGAAGUAUCCUUAGAUGAUAUUUAAAAAAAAAAUCAACAAGUUUUUUAAUUAAA